AUGGGAGGGGGUCGCGAUGCGCUCCUUGUGUUCCUCUGCCUUCUUGGCCCCGCGGCGGUGCACGCCGAGGACCCGUACUUGUUCUUCACGUGGAACGUCACGUACGGCACCGUCUCUCCCCUCGGCGUCCCUCAGCAGGUCAUCCUCAUCAAUGGCCAGUUCCCCGGACCCAACAUCAACUCCACCACCAACAACAACAUCGUCGUCAAUGUCUUCAACAACCUGGAUGAGCCCUUCCUCUUGACGUGGAACGGCAUACAGCAGAGGAAGAACUCCUGGAUGGAUGGCAUGCCUGGCACCAACUGCCCCAUACCUCCCGGAAAGAACUUCACGUACCACUUCCAGGUGAAGGACCAGAUCGGAAGCUUCUUCUACUUCCCCUCCAUGGGGAUGCACAGGGCCGCCGGGGCGUUUGGCGGCCUCCGCGUCAACAGCCGCCUCCUCAUCCCCGUGCCUUUCGCCGACCCAACCGACGAUUACACCGUGCUCAUCGGCGACUGGUACGCCAAAAGCCACAAGGCCCUCGCCGCGAUCCUCGACGCCGGCCACGGCAUUGGCAACCCUGCCGGCGUCCUCAUCAACGGACGAACCGGUAAGGACGCCAGCGGCAAGGACGACACGCCGCUCUUCACCAUGGAGGCCGGAAAGACGUACCGCUACCGCAUCUGCAACGUCGGCAUGAAGGUGUCGCUCAACUUCCGGAUGCAGAACCACCGGAUGAAGCUGGUGGAGAUGGACGGGUCGCACACCGUGCAGAACGACUAUGAGUCCCUCGACGUCCACGUCGGGCAGUGCCUCUCCGUGCUCGUCACGGCCAACCAAGAACCCAAGGACUACUACAUGGUCGCCUCCACACGUUUCACCAAGUACAUGCGGACCGCCACGGGCGUCAUCCGCUACGCCGGCUCCAGCGUCCCACCGUCACCCGAGCUGCCGGCGGCGCCUAUCGGCUGGGCGUGGUCCUUCAACCAGUGGCGGUCGUUCCGAUGGAACCUCACGGCCAGCGCCGCCCGGCCCAACCCCCAGGGCUCCUACCACUACGGUGGCAUCAACAUCACCAGAACCAUCAAGCUCGCCAGCUCGGUCGGGCUCGUCAACGGCAAGCGCCGCUUCGCGCUCAACGGCGUGUCGCAUGUGGAAUCCCCCACCCCACUCAAGCUCGCGGAGUAUUACGGCAUCGCCGACAAGGUGUUCAAGUACGACAGUAUCAAUGACGAGCCACCGGCGGCCAGCGCACCGAUCACGGCCACGCCGAACGUCCUCAACGCCACCUACAGAACUUACAUCGAGAUCAUCCUCGAGAAUCCUGAGAGGAGCAUUCAGUGCUACCACUUGGAUGGCUACUCCUUCUUCCCUGUCGGGAUGGGGCACGGAAAGUGGACGCCGGAGAGCAGGAAGACGUACAAUCUUCUCGACGCAGUGAGCCGGCACACGAUACAGGUGUACCCGAGGUCGUGGUCAGCGAUCAUGCUCACCUUCGACAACGCGGGGAUGUGGAACCUGCGGUCUGAGAUGUGGGAGAGGCACUACCUGGGGCAGCAGAUCUACAUCAGCGUCACUUCGCCGGAGAGGUCGCUGAGGGACGAGUACAACAUACCGGACAACACGCUGCUCUGCGGCGACGUCGCCGACCUGCCGAAGCCGCCAUCCUAUGUCUGA